AUAAGAUAAUCUGUGAUGAGAAAGCGAAAAUCGGAGAGUUGUGACUGCGGUUUGAAGGAAAGCUUAAUAUAGGUUGCAUUUGCAAUGGCUUUCUCGUUAUAUUGGUUGUUCCUGGUGUUGAUCGUGUGGAGUUCAGUUUGUAAAGGAUCAGACAGGUGAAUCUCUGUUUUAAAACCAGACUUAAAUCUCCAAACAGGGCAGGUUUGAACUUGGAUUGUUUGCUUCUGCCAACUCCAGCAACUAUUAUGUUGGAAUUUGGUACAAAACCAUAUCAGUUAAAACGGUGAUAUGGGUUUUAAAUCGGAAUCAAUCCAUUCAAUCCUCUUUUUGUGAUACUUGUCUGCUGCAAAUGAGUAACGGCAGCCUGAACCUUGUUGCCAAUUCCAAGGUGUUCUGUGGCAGAGCUUUGACAAUCCGACGGAUACUUGGCUGCCAGGUGCGAUGGUUGGAAUAAACGCAAAACUCAUAUCGUGGAGAAACGAAGGCGACCCUGCAAUCGGCAACUACUCACUAGAAAUGGAACCAAACGGAGGCGGUGAACUUUACAUUAAGCAAAUCGGUGGAAAAACGCUAUGGAGGAGUGAAAUUUGGCCAUCAUUCUCGCCUGUUGGCAGCCUUUACAGUUUCUCCUUUGUCGACAGGGCAUUUUUGACAUACAAAGUUAAGAAUGAAUCUGCGGUGGUUAGGGUUGUCUUAAGCUAUUCUGGUGUGAUUAUUCAUUUCUUGUGGCAGGAGAGCAGUCAGGCAUGGGUUCAUUUAGCUUUUCAACCUGCUGAUUCGUGUAAAGUGUUUGCUAGGUGUGGGCCUAAUGCAGUUUGUGAUAUUAGGUAUAGCCCUUCUUGCAAAUGUUUGGAUGGAUUCGUGCCACAAGUUAAGGAUGAUUUUUCGCGCGGGUGUACAAGAAUGAAACCUCUGCAGUGUGAUGAGGACAAAACGGAGUUCAUGGAGCUGACCAACAUUAGGUUUCCUGCAUAUGCUCAAACUCUGGAAAUUGCAAUGAAAGGCGUUUGCGAGUUUGUGUGCAGAGGCAAUUGCUCGUGCACUGCUUAUGCCAACAGUAAUGGAGGAGGAUGUUUAUUGUUUACGGGGGGGACUUGAUUGAUUCAGAGAGUAUGCCGGAUGAUUCAGGCAUAACGCUGUAUGUCAGAAUGAGCUGCGACACCCCUCUUAUGAAA